UUUUCCUGCCAGAGCUGUAACUAUCAGUCGAGUUAGCAGGAACAGGCUAACAGGCAGCUCCCUGUUUAGGCUCAAUAAUAGACAAUGUUUCAUCCCUUGUUAUUAAACACAGCCAGCUAACAGUCCAGCCUGUGUCGGGUGAGUAGUCCGUGUAGAGAAGACAUGAACCCACAGCUCUGUUCCGUGUCUUAACGCUUAACGUCCACUCCUUCAAAUCUCAGCUAGCUUGACAGGUUAGCUCAGCUAGCAAAGCCUCAGUCCGCGUCCAAAGGGAGGCGUCGCUGCGUGUGACUAUGCAAGGGGAGACCACGGCGAUCCGGAUCACGGAGAGCGAAGGGAAGCUGGAUGUUUUCCCCCAGAACAGGACCCCCAGCUCGGGGAGGGCAAGUGCUAAGAGCUGGCAGUACAGCGACCACAUGGAGAACAUUGACGGCUACCUGAUGAAGUACACCAACCUCGUGACAGGCUGGCAGUACAGGUUCUUUGUCUUGAACAAUGAGGCCGGUUUUCUGGAGUACUUUGUCAACGAGCAGUCGCGGCCGCAGAAGCCCCGCGGCAUGCUGCCUCUCGCGGGGGCCGUCAUCUCCCCCAGCGACGAGGACUCGCACACCUUCACUGUCAACGCCAUCAGCGGGGAGCAGUACAAGCUCAGGGCCACCGAUGCCAAAGAGAGGCAGCACUGGGUGAGCAGGCUGCAGAUCUGCACGCAGCACCACACUGAGGCCAUGGGGAAGACUAACCCCCCGCCCAAGUCCCGGAGCUACUCCAUGGCGUCUCAAGGCAGCGGCAGCUCCCCAAUGUCCGUGCGACGGCCAAGCCAAAACCCCAACUCCUUAUUCGGCUGGUCGCAGUCCCACAAGAGCUCGUCACUCUACUCCAGUAAGAGGUCUUUGCUGCCAGACCAUCUCCUGGACGCUAGAGAGAUGAUGACCCAGGCCCAGGGCCAGCAUCGAGACCUGAUCCAGAGCAUUGAGGGCCUGCCUGCAGCCCCGGGCAUCUCCCCUCUGGACCAGGAUUUCCUGAUGCUCAAGGCCACCUCCAUGGCCACCAUGAACUGCCUGAAUGAGUGCCUGCACAUCCUGCACCUGCAGCAGAUGGCCAGGCAGAGAGGCUCCCUCGGAGGACCCACCAUCGAGUGGCUGGAGCCUAAGCUGCCUGACAUCCUGAAGAACGGCAGCAGCUCCAUGGGCAGCUUCGCGACCGAGGGCGGCCAGCUGGAGGGGAGCGGGCUGGAACUCAGCAGCCCUGAGUCCUGCAGCUUCUCUGGGGAACAGGAAGACAUUGACGCUGAGGAUGAGAACGAGGACUCCUUCACAGACAAGGAGGAGGACCUGGGAGCUGUGGAGGAGGAGCGCAGCGUCAUCCUACACCUGCUGUCCCAACUGAAGCUGGGCAUGGACCUCACGCGGGUGGUCCUACCUACCUUCAUCCUAGAGAAGCGCUCUCUCCUGGAAAUGUACGCCGACUUCAUGUCCCACCCGGACCUCUUUGUGGCCAUCACAGACGGCAACACCCCAGAGGACCGCAUGGUCCGCUUCGUGGAGUACUACCUCACCUCCUUCCAUGAGGGCCGCAAGGGCGCCAUCGCCAAGAAGCCCUACAACCCCAUCAUCGGCGAGACCUUCCACUGCUCCUGGAAGGUGCCGAGGACCGCAGAGGCCCCCAAGGAGCCGUCAGAGGGGAGCCCAGAACCGGCCGCCUCCCAGGACCCCUACCAAGUGCGCUUUGUGGCCGAGCAGGUGUCCCACCAUCCGCCCGUGUCCGGCUUCUACGCUGAGUGCCAGGAGAGGCGGAUGUGUGUGAACACUCACGUGUGGACCAAGAGCAAGUUCAUGGGGAUGUCCAUUGGAGUCUCGAUGAUCGGGGAAGGUUGUCUGAAUCUGCUGGAGCAUGAUGAAGAGUACACCUUCACGCUGCCUUGUGCGUACGCGCGCUCCAUCCUCACCGUCCCCUGGGUGGAGCUUGGUGGAAAGGUCAACAUCAUGUGCGCAAAGUCGGGCUACUCGGCAGUCAUCACUUUCCAGACUAAACCUUUCUACGGCGGCAAAUUACACAAAGUAACAGCCGAGGUGAAGCACAACACAACCAAUGCAGUAGUGUGUCGAGUGCAGGGCGAGUGGAACGGCGCUCUAGAGUUCAGCUACACCAACGGAGACAUGAAGGUGGUCGACGUCACGAAGCUGCCCGUCACGAAGAAGAACGUCCGGCCGGUUGAGAAGCAGGGACCGACAGAAUCCAGGCGGCUGUGGCAGCAUGUGACCGCCUCCUUACGGGAGAAGGAUAUCGAGAAGGCGACGGAGCACAAGAGGCUUCUGGAGGAGAGGCAGAGGACGGAGGAGAGGCACCGCGCUGAGACCGAAACUCCCUGGAGGACCAGAUACUUUGACAGAGAGGGUGAAGGCUGGGUCUAUCACAAACCACUUUGGAAAAACUCUACCUUCAAAACCUAGCUCCUCCAGCCCAUCUAUCAGGAUGAUGAUGAUGCAGAGAUUCAGGAGAGUGUGUGUUAGUGUGUGUGUUGGCAUAUGAGAGUUCAUGUGUAUGUGUGAGAGAGAGAGUGAGGGUGCACACACAUGGUUUAACGGUUAUGAGAGCAUGACCUGCACUGACGUACAGAUGAAUGCGACGCGGGGAGAAAAGGACUGAAGGUGUUUUUUGACUCUCGCUCAUGAUGUUCACGAAGCCUCCGAGUACAAACGUUUGUACUGCUGAUCUCUCUUUUUUUUUUAUAAUCUAAUGACAACAUACUCUUGUACAGGUAAAGGUACUCUAUUUACACCGCCUUAAGAUAGUCUGAUGAAUGAUGCUCUCUGUUUGCUGAUCAACCUGGAAAUGGUUCUUUUUUUUUUAGCCGUUAUAUCACACACUAAGACGAAGCGACUCUUGAGGAGUUUCCUCCUGAAAUAAAAUAUCCAACAUAACCUAAAUCUUUGGAUUACUGCCCGAUGGGAUGAAGAUUUAAUACUGUGAAGCUGUUGUGGGACGGAUCCUGUGUGCUGGAUUGUGAAGUUGCUCUACAUGAUUUUCAUCUGUUGAUCUUUCAGAGUGUUUCACGUUCAUUUCUAAAUCAGAUGAUUUCACGCCCGCAAAAUCGACUAACCUGCUUUUUCACAUCUGUGUGCUUCUGGCUUCACCUGCUGUUACAGAAAAACAACAAAUCAUCUUCAGAUCAUGAUUCAGAGUCUCUCUUAGGACCAAUUUGUGCAUGAAAAUGUGAAAAUGUAAUCGAAUCUGUAGAGGAAGAACUCUUUCUAAUGGAUCCACCAAACAUACUCUAAAACUAAAGCAAUCAGACGUACGUUUAAAUGCACAAAAUGCUCUACAAACAUCAAUCAUCUCAGAGCAAUGCAUCCAUUAUAUCAGUAAAAGUGUGUAGGAGGCACGUCAAUCUUGAAGUUGAAGUAAUAAAGUUUCCUCCUCCUCCAGAGCCUCAGAUUAUUCCUAAAUCCAUUCUUACAGGGGAAAUAUGAAAUUAAUCUGUGAAAGUAUUCCUUUAAUGUGGAACUGAUUGAUUCUGAAAUUGAAUUUUUGUGUCUAAAUUCUCCUUCAUUGAUGCUAUAUUGAUAUUAGUGUACUGAAAACGUCACACUGCUUGAAUGGCAUGUCGUAGACUAGCGGACAGAUAACCAAAUUUUAAAUAAAUGAAGAAGUGAAUGCGUCUUAAUGAUUGCUCCCCUGAGUCCUCAUGCCCUUCUUCUUUUACUUCCUUGUUGUUGCAGUGGAUGGUAACGUCCCUUCAUGCAUGAUACUGAAGUCUCACAGCUGCUCCUGUGUCUGCAUUGAUUACAUUUAUAAACGUUGUAAAAGCUUUUAACCAAAUUUGCUUGUUUUGUAAUGCAAAUAAAUAUUAUUUUCUUUGAACGCGUGUUUAUCCCCGAUCUUGCGCUUUAAUCGCUCUUAAUUUGACCUCCUCUUUCUGUGUGACAUUCCUGCUUUCCUUUCAGAUUAAACUCCAAUCCAUGAACCCGAUUCUUCCCCCUCUUGAGUUCGUUUUAGCGUCACAUUCAGAGAAAGUCCACCCUUGCAGUUCAUAAGCUACUCCUCCCUUAAUGUCUUGGUGCCUUAUGCGAACUCUGUGUGUCUCCAGGAUAAGGAAAACCACGUUUUGAACAGUUAUUUUGCAGAGUGCUGGCGUAUGUUUGAUUUGCGUGUGUGUGUUUUCCUUUAAAGAUGCUGGAUGUUCAGAGACGAACGACUGCAGCACUUUGUUCUGGGUUUGUCUUGGGUUUUUGGAGUCCACUGGUUGUCACGCUGACCUAUGAAAUGCACUGACAUUGAAGGAAACCUGAUGUUGUAGAGAAAUGGACAUGUGUGACAUUAAUCAAAUAAACUGUGUAUCAGUUGUAA